UAAAACAGGAGAACUGAAAAGGCAAAGGAGUAUCCUCGUAUUAUCCUUCCUUGGCAGUAGCAGAAGACAUGAAAGGAUUGUUUCUCCCAUGGAAUCCAUUGCGCUUCCACACUCUCACUUUUACUUCCCUUCCAAACAGAUCCUUAACCCUCUCAGCUUCCUUGGAGUCCCUCUCUCAGGUGAGCGCGCGCGAGAGGAGACGCGAGAGGAGCGAGAGAAGAGAGAGAAAGAGCGGCGCCAACUGGAGGGAGGAAGUGGAGAUGAAACUCAUCGAGAAGCCGAAGAAGAAAGGUUCGUGGAUGGAUGAACUGAACCUGGACAACCUCGCCAAGUUGGGUCCUCAAUGGUGGGUCAUUCGUGUUUUGAGGAUUAGGGGUCACGAAAUCGCGCAACUCCUCGCUCGCUCCCUCGCUCUAAACUACCCCGAUGUGGAAUUUAAGAUAUAUGUUCCAUCCGUCAAUGAGAAAAGGAGAUUGAAGAAUGGUUCCUACUCUGUUAAACCAAGACAAUUGUUCCCAGGAUGUGUUUUCUUGAGAUGUGUGAUGAACAAAGAAUUACAUGACUUCAUAAGAGAGUAUGAUGGUGUUGGAGGAUUUAUUGGUUCAACAGUUGGAAACACAAAGAGACAGAUCAAUAGACCUAAGCCAUUAUCUGCUGAAGAUGUGGAUGCAAUCUUCAGACAAGCAAAAGAAGAACAAGAAAAAACUGACCAAGCUUUUGAGGAAGAAGAGAAAAGAGCAGCUCUAGUCUCUGGGAUUCGUAAUACAGAAUUAGAACCCGAUGAUGUUUUGAAUGCUAUUGUUGAUUCUAAAUCUAAAAGGAGGCAUAGGAAAACUUCUGAUCAGGUCACAGUCAAAGAGGCCUCUUCUAAUCGAAACAAAUAUAAACUCCUUGUUCCAGGUUCCACUGUUCAUGUUGUAUCUGGAACCUUUUCAGGGUUUACAGGCACCCUCAAGAAGCUGAAUCGAAAAACUAAAAUGGCUACUGUGCAUUUCACUCUAUUUGGGAAAGAGAACAUAGCAGACAUAGAUGUUAAUGAAAUUGGUCUAGAGACAAACCCUGGCCUGUAGGGUUUUCUCCCCUGAUGAUGAAGCUGGGUUUUUAUAUGGAAAUAUAAGUGUAUCUUAUAUCUGACCAGUUCUUGCUUGUGUAUUAUGAUUCUUGAAGUAAAGGAAUUUGCUGUUAGUAGCUAAGCAGGACGAAUGUGGAGCUUUUUUUUGGUGCUUCAUUCCCAGAAUUGAAAUCUGAUGAGAUCAUGCACUGGAGGCCAAAAAUUUGAGGUUUGUAGUUGAAUUAUGGUAUUUGCUAAUGCACAUUUCACAACUGAAUCUCUCUUUCCCUCUGGCUGGUAAAAGGGAUUCAUAAUUUGAUAUCUUGAAUGUGGUGAUUUUUGAGUUAAAAAAUCACCACUUUAAAUGAAAACGAAUUAGGAUAACAUGACCUAGUUUUCUUAUUCAUUGUGUGUGUAUGUUACUUUAAUUACUUUUAGAAAAAACAAUAAAAGUAAUUAUUCUGAGUUCUGGUUUA